CGGAGGAAAGAUGAUACAGGCGGUGAUGGUGAUCAAUACUCAGGGCAAGCCUCGCCUUGCCAAGUUCUACGAAUUUCAGCCUGUGGAGAAGCAACAGGAGCUAAUACGCAGCGUUUAUACAGUUUUGAGCAGUAGAGCGGAGGAUGUGAGCAAUUUUCUGGAUGUGGAGUCUAUUUUUGGUCCGGAUACUCGGCUUGUAUACAAGCAUUUUGCAACUUUGUACUUCGUCUUUGUUUUCGAUAGUUCUGAAAACGAGCUUGCCAUGCUCGACUUGAUACAAGUUUUUGUUGAAACUUUGGACAAAUGCUUCAAGAAUGUAUGCGAGCUUGAUGUGGUGCUCAAUUACAGCAAGUUGCAUACUGUAUUGGAUGAGAUUAUUUUUGGAGGUCAAGUGCUGGAAACAAGUUCUACCGAAGUUCUGAAGGCAGUUGAAGAAAUCGCAAGGUUAGAAACAGCUUCAAACGCUAUUUCAUUGGUUCCAAAAUCUGUUUCUAGCUGGAGGAGUCGAUAGUCUACAGUCGGAGCAAUGUGUUACCAAGCAAGUCUCUUGAGCUCACACCAAGUGUUUUCAGAAAAUUCUCUCCAAUUACCAAUCACUAGGUUCUAUCUGCCUAACUUUCAACAAGAAAAAUUGACAGCUCAAAUGUUGUGUUAGAUGAACACCCCUAUUUAUGGGGAAUGCAUUUACAGUCUCUUUGGAUGGUACUUUUUGUUUUAUAGAAAUUGUUGAAGAUGAUCUCUAUGGUUGCUAAACUAGUUUGGUUAAUUGGUUGUCAUGUAAAGUUUAAAGAAUGAAAAAGAGGAUGAUCGUUCCAGUGAUGACAACGUUGGUAGGUAGAAGAUGAUGGUGACAGGCAGACGGGAGUGGUGAUUCAGUCAGGCAUAGUGUUUUACUAUUCCUAACGACAGUUCGUCGCGAAAGGUGAUUGGUACAGAUUUUUGUUGUAACAAAUUCCAAAACAAAGUACUUAAACAUGAAUUCAAGUUUCAUAUUCAUCCUUGGUUUUC